CAAGCCAAUUCCAAACUUAUUGAUGGCCUCUCCAUGUCGUCCUUUAAAUGAUUCAUUUUGUGCUCCGCCUCCUCCCACAAGGAUUCCUCCGAUCCCGAGACCACGUCCUCCUGGCAGCCGGAGUCCCCCGCCUCCCUCGCCAAUUGUGACCCCACCACCUCCUCCACCGUGUCGAAGUCCCCCGUCGCCGUCACCUGCAGCUGUAUCCCCACCACACCUGCCCACAAGGCAGCCACCACCACCGCCUCCUAAACUUCCACCGGCUCCUAUCCGCCCGCCGCCCACCCCGUCGCACCGCUAGCUCUGCCUAGCCCAAGCUAUAGCGUCGUCAUCAUUGUGGUCAUCUCCCUCGGCGGCCUCUUCUUCCUCGCGUUCCUUUCGGCCGCCUUACUCUGUUUCCUAAAGAAGAAGAGGAAGCAGAAGAUGACGGCGAGAGAAGAAUUGGUGGAGGAUCAUGUGCACGUGCAUGAGACGGUGGUUCCGGGGCCUCAUGGGCAGCAUCUGGCGGCUCUCAGCGUCGAUGAGGACGUCGUAGUCCGUGAGAGGUUGAAGAAGGGGGAGGCGGAUGCAGUUGCUAAAGCUUCUCUCAGUGUGCCAGUGGACCCGCCGACUACGGGCUCCAUUGCAGAACCAGUCGCACCGCGGGUUAAAAGAAAAAGUGGAUGGUGGGCCUACCGGAAAGCUGUGUGGGAUUGGUUGAUUCUUGAAUAACUUUUAUAAUUCGUGUGUUUGGAAUUGCAUAUGAAUAAUUGUGUUUAUAUUGUUCGAGAAUUUAUUGU